AUGCCUCACAUCGACGCAAAAGACACUAAACGCGACACAGACGUGAUCGAACCCGUUUCCGGAGAAUCUAGCUCGAUCGACCAACAGGAUGACAAGAUCGGUGCUAUUGGAUCGCAGGUUCAUGCGAUUCCAGAUGAAGACAUGAACGUGAUCUCUACGAUCAUGUCGCCUCAUGGUAAAGAGGUGCUUGUUUCAGGAAAGCUCGAAGAUGCAGAUGACGCCAUGAAAUUGGCCAUGCAAGCCGAAUCUAUCACCGUCACGGAGGAAGAAGACCGCAAACUUGUGCGCAAAAUUGACCUUUACAUGUUUCCCCUUAUGUGCCUCUUGUAUUCGAUCCAGUUCAUGGACAAAGUCUCGAACGGCUCUGCUGCAGUCAUGGGUCUCAGAACGGACUUGAAAAUGCACGGUAACCAGUACUCGUGGGUCGGUUCCGCUUUUUAUUUUGGGUACCUUUUCUUCAACUUGGGUCCGGGCCAAAUUAUUUUCCAAAAAACAAGGUGGCUGGCCAAGACACUGGCUGUCUUUGUUGUCUUUUGGGGGAUGAUCUUGGCUUUGCACGCUGCUCCUUCUGUUAACUAUGCCUCGUUCGUCUUCCUUAGAGUGUUGUUGGGAUGUGCCGAGAGUAUGGUCACUCCAACUUUCACAAUCAUCACCAGUCAAUACUGGAAGAAGGAAGAACAGUUCAUGAGAGUGUGCCUGUGGUUUGGUUUCAAUGGGUUUGGUGGUAUUUGGGGUAACUCUAUGGCGUACGGUUUGUACACCAGACAAAAUACCUACUCUAUCGAGGCCUGGAGAAUUCUGUUUGUGAUUACUGGUUUAAUCACAAUCACAGUUGGGUUCUUGAUUUACUUCCACAUCCCAGAUGAUCCCUCCAAGGCCUGGUUCUUAACCGAGCGCGAGAAGCUUAUGGUGGUCGAAAGAAUCAGAACCAACCAACAAGGUUUCGGUAACCACCAAAUUAAAUGGUACCAGGUCAAGGAGGCAUUCAGAGACCCUAGAACUUGGCUCUACUUUUUGUUCUCCAUCUGUUCCAACAUUCCAAAUGGUGGUCUCACCAACUUUAUGAGUAUUUUGAUCCAAAAUGAUUUCGGUUACAGCAGUGGUGAAUCUUUGUUGAUGACCAUGCCCACUGGUGCAGUGGAGUUGGUAGCAUGCCCACUAUUCGGUUUCCUAUCGGUGUGGUGUGCAAAGAAGAAAAUCCCCAUCCUCAGAGAUAGAUUGGCUUGGGGUAUUUUUGCCGCUGUAAUCAGUGUUGUGGCCACUUGUAUGCUUGCAUUCGCUGAUAACUCCAGAAACGCUAAACUAGCAGGUGCCUAUUUGCUAUACGUGGCUCCAGUGGCCUUCAUUUGUGUGCUUUCCAACAUUAGUUCCAACACUGUCGGUUACACCAAGAAAUGGACAGUUUCCUCAAUCAACUUGGUUUCAUACGCUGCUUCUAACUUAGCAGGUCCACAAACAUUUAUUGCCAAGCAAGCUCCAAGUUACACCGGUGCAAAGAUUGCUAUGUUGGUGUGUUAUGCUGGCUCAGUAGUAGUCCUAUCUUUGUUGUAUCUCAUAAACUACAGAGAGAACAAGAGAAGAGACCAAAUUGCAGCUGAAAAGGGCCUUGAUGAGAAGGCGCUAGAGAAUCUCGAAUUCAGAGAUCUUACUGACUUUGAAAACCCAAAGUUCAGAUAUGCUUUGUGA